AUGGCAACUGAGGUUACAUCGGAUCGGCGGUCAAGGCCAAAGACAAGAAGAAAAGGAGCAAGAGGAAUUGGCAUUCAGGCCGGAGCUGGCCAAUUCUCGCCGACAGCUCCUACAGGCCGCCAAGGACGCACAGUCAGUGCGACCUGGCGACGGGCGUUUGCCGGCGAGUGGGGCCCCGCCGACGACCCGAGUCGUUGGGCGUGCCAACGUGGCGUCGGUGGCAGAGGAGGCGAGGCUGUGGCGGGCAUGUUGAGCGCGUCAAAAAGACGAAUGCCACGCAACGACAUGGCCGAGGCUGAGACGAGGAAAGAGGAGAAAAGAGACGAAGAGAAAAGGAGACGAACCAGCCCGGACCUGCAUUCGAGGGAGCCGAAGGCGGUAAACGAUGCCGCCCGAUCAGCGCCUGUGUCUGGGCGUGGCAGGCUGGCCGGGAGGAGCGAGGUGGAAGGCACGACGACAGGACGAUCGACUCAAGACGGAGACACGAGCAAGCGGACAAAAGGCACCACAGCCAGGCCUGGUGGCCAGCCACGAGUGCACAAAUACGCCAGCCCAGAGGGGUGGACAAACAAGCAGCAGGUUGCAGCACAAGUGAACACAAAGAGGCGAGCCGUCGUCAUGGCAGGGCCGGGAGGACGGAGAGCGAUUCGUGGAGGCCGGGGCCGAAAAGGCAGCAGACUGCGUGCGGACGCUGGCGGCGUUGACGUCAAACAGCGUCGAGAGGCGGAGAGCACAGAGCCAGCCAACCAGACAGGCACGCAAGCCAACAACAGGACAACACGCCAACGAGCAAACGGGCCGAGCCGAGCACACAGACACGCCCACAUCAUCGCCAGUCACCACCGAGUGGACACAGACAGACAGAUCGUCGCCGCCGGGUCAAGUCGUGAGUGA